GGAGUAACGCCAUCAGUUAGAGAAACGCAACCGACAAGUGCAAGUAGUGCAUCAUCCAACUCAACAAACGGAAGUCAGUAUCCAACUCGCAGCCCCAAAAACGCAAAAUGAAGCUCACGUUGGUCUUUGCCGUGCUGGUCGCGCUGACGGUGUGCGGUGUGGCACACGCCCAGACCGAUGCCGCCAAAGACGCGGCCGACAAGGCGAAGGAUAAGGCACCGGCCGUCCCGGACGCAGCGAAGCUGGACAAGGAUGCGGUCCCAACGACACCGGACCCAAAGGAGGCCACAAAGAAGCUGGAAGAUGCGGCCGGUAAAGCGAAAGAUCAGGCCGCCGACAUCGGCAAGAAGCUGACGGAGGGCUUCAAGCUAUAAUCGACGCACACCAAUGCCGCUGCGCUCGAGCGAUCGACAACGCUCUUUCUGGUCGAUCCGGCUCCGUUGGUUUUAUCGCGCUUCGGAAGUAAAAUAAAGCAUAAACCACAUCAGCUUCCAA